AUGGCGCUGGUGCUCCUUCCGUGCGACUUGCCCACCUGGCCAACGCUCCAGCGUCACCUGAACGCCAUGAAACGGGAAGUGCGGACGGCCGUCCAGCUCAAAGACGCCCUGCUCAAGAUCUACAAUUUAUGCAAUACCAGUUUGGAGCCGGACGAGGAAACUCUGGGUGACCAGAAAGUCUUUGACGUUUUCUGCGAUGAGGUGGUCGACACCUGGCUCAGCGACGACGAGCGCCAGGACCUGUUCGACACCCAACUGCCCACCAUGGUCGACUACGCCCUCCAACUCAAGAGCCUCAAACCGCUGCGAGGGCUCCACUUUAGCCUCCAACAGCAGAGCGAUCGAGUGGAGAUUGAUAGGCGAUUUGCGGCCUCGUUGGUGGCCCACGCCUUCUUCUCCACUUUCCCGCGACGGACACUCAAGACCCACCCGACUCUGCAGGAUUUCAACUUUGCCGGCCAUUUCUUCCAGCACCUGCACAGGCGAUCGCAGCGGGCCAAGCUGCGCUCCGUCUUGCACUACUUCCAGCGACUCAACGAACGUCCGCCCGAGGGACACGUGACCUUUGCCAGGCAGGUCAUGUCGGGUCGGGAGUGGUGCACGCUGGAGGAGUGGCUGCAGUGCCGACGCCCGCUGUGCCCGCUGGUGGUACGUCACGACGGACGCGUCGAGUACCCGUCGCCAACGUCGUCGUCGGACCUGUCGCCGUCGUCGCUGUCCAACAACAUCAACAACAAUCGGCCAACCGUCGGCCAGUCGACUGAGCCGCCGGCCGGAAUUCGCGUUUGCUUCGCCAGCCGCCGGAUUGGCGGAACUUUCCUCGACGACGGCACUUCCCAGGAGUGCGCAGCAUUUAGCAGUCAUCCCGAGCUGCUCUCCCUCUUGCCUUAUGUGGAAUCGCUGGAAGACAACGAGGCCAUCACGGCCAGCGGACUCUGCACCUACUCCAUUAUUCAUGACCUGAAAAACAAAGCCGUCUUUGACGCGGCUGCUGCUGCCGGCCAACAAACUGCCACCACCAAAGCGACGACGACGACGCCAAUCCAGCAGGUGACACUGACGCAGACGCCCAUGUGUCUGAUUGACGCCGAAGAUUACAGCGACUUGCCAAUCCGCCAGUACGAGGAGGACAACGUCCUGCGUGAGCUCAACAAGGCUUAUUUGGGAUUUAGCCAACAUUAUCCGGAUGCAGCGGCGGCUGGAUUAGAGCAGCAGCAGCCGCAGGAGCAAUUACAGCAGCGGCUGCCGCCCGUCGGCGCCUCCAGGGACUCUUCGCCGAGCAGUCGACAGGCCAGCACGAUCAUUGAUCACACGAUUAGUCAAGAUUGGGCGGAUUUGACCCGCAGCACGACUUUGGUGGCCUCAUCGGGCGAUCCUUCGUCACCCAGGCCGAGCCUCUGCCCGUCGAUGCCCAGUCAAGAUCUUCAGUCUCAUUUGCCGGGCGAUGAAACGGACCGCGGACGGCCGGCGGCGGCGGCUGCUGCCACUCAACCGACUUUGCUCUACGGCGGAGGUCGGAACGCCCCGCUGACCUUGGCCAAAGCCACUGUCGUCAAGCAGAUCCUGACACAGCAGCAACAGCAGCCGGCCAAGGCAAAGGAUGGGCUGCCGGAUUUGUCGAAGCUUCCGUCGUCGGUGACGGCCAGAAAGGCCGGCUCCGUCUACGCCAGCUGUCACUCUCAAGACGACGAGCUCAACAGCUCGACGGAAGAGUUCCGCAGCGCCAACACCAGCCUGGACGAGGACGAAAUGCGUCCGGCUCUCAUCAACCGAUUGCAGCAGCGACACAGCGCCGGAGAUUCGAACCAAGACGGACGUGAGGAUAAUAAGUCAAGGAGUCAGAGCACCGAGUCGGACAGCAGCCCGGAGGAUCGACGUCCGGAAUCGCGCGGAUUCGCUCUGGACAGUCACAACGAAGAGGAUUCGUUCAGCGGAGACGGUCUGGAGCGUGAGAAGCGUUGGCUGGAUCACUUCCGCGAGCGGCGAGGACCCCGGAGCAACAGCCGCAGCGUCCCCAAGGAUUCAUCUUCUUCGUCCAAGGAUUCGUCCCGCUACAGUUUUAGUACGGAAUUCAGUUCAGAACUGGAUGAGCUCUACGACCAAUUUAGUCACUGGCUGGAAGAUCCAAAAAGCGGAGAAUCUGGGCAACAGAACGGACGCAACGCGGCCGUUUUCCGCUUUGCUCACGGCCUCCUGAAGCGGGCGCUGAGCGACUCGUUUGCCAGCGUGGCUCUCAACAUUGAGAACUUGUCGGCCCAUCCGGAGACGCGCAUGAAGGACAUUAAAUUGUCGUCGUCCAGCGAGAUCCGGCGCGGAUCGACCCAGCGCUCGUGGAGUCUCAACGAGCACGUCGGCGACGAGCGGCUGGCCUUGCAGCUGGCCAGGGAGAUGGUGGAGCGCGAAAUCCCCAUGGAGGAGCAAGUUCUGCCCAUGCCGGACAUUGUUCCUCUCCUGCCGGUCGACGCCAUCGAAGAAGAGGAAACGCUUGAUCCGCUGGAUCAGGAGCAGCCGGAGAAGAGUCCAGCCAACCAGAAGAAGAAGGACAGUCUGGGCAACAGCAAAUCGAAAGUGGCCUGCCAAUUGGUGAGUAUCGUGCUGGAGCAGAGACUGGCCGAAGUAGAAUUAGAGUUGCAGGUGCCCGGCUCGUCACGUAUAAGCAGUGCGCAUCAUCACGCCGCUAGGCCGUCACUAAUAAACACCCGUUGCCCCGGUCGCGGUUGCCCAGCACCGUUGCGAACCCAAGAGUCGGUGGCCUGGGAAUACCAUCAAAAUCCAUCCUGCUCCUUCAACAUUCGACUCGAUCGAGGCCUGGCCGUCACCGCCACUCGGCCGGCCGCCAAGUGCCGCCUCGCCGCCAUUCUUGGCCACUCGGCCAACCCACUAGGGCAGACGGCCACUACUACUACUACUCCUACUACUCCUCUCACUACUACUCCUUGUUGUACUCCUAGUACUACUUCCACUAAUCAAUCACCUCUUGGCAGCGCUGCGAAGAGCUCCCAGCAUUCGGUGGAGAGAGUCGUGUUGCUGGAUCGGAUGUCGCCAGUGGAGAGGGAGGGGGCCAGCAAUACGGAAUUGCUCCUGCAAGGAGUGGUGGGCCGAUGCUGCGAGGCCAUCAGCGAGUCGCAGUCGAAUCGCUCCAGCAAAGCCGACGAGGAUUCCGAGUCGCAGACGCCGACGCCGAUGAAUCCGACGCCUCCGCGCACCCGGCGAGGCUCGUGGUUCUUCAAGAAAUCGCGCGAGCAGCGCCACCAGAAUCCCGGCGGCAUCAAACACCAGAGGGCCCGCUCCAACAGUGUGCCCACCGUCAUGGAAUUGUCGCAGCUCAGCCUCUGGCAGCAGCAGAUGGCCGAGCAGCUCAAGCAGAGUCUCAUACCGGACAUCAUCGUUUCGGGCGAGAACACGGAGGAGGACGACGAGUGUUUCACGCCGGGCAGCAACAGUCGGCAGGAGUCUCAACAGUCGAGACGCCAUCGCAGUUACGACGACCAGCUGCAGAAUUUCGCCCAGUCUAGCGAGUCGCUGCUCAGCGACGAUGUGGUGGAAGGAUUCAGCUGGACGAUGGCCGAGACCAUCAUCGAAGAUAUUUUGAAAGAAAUCGGAUCCAAACAGACGCAACUUUCGCUUCCGAGCCGUCGCAAUCCGAGCGGCGGAGUCGGCAAAUGCGGCGGCGGUGGUGGCGGCCAGCUCAAGAUGCCGGCCAACAAAUUGCCGGGCAAGAGCAUUCUCAAGAUCUCCAGCAACGACUCGCUGCACCGCAGUCACAGCGGAUCGCUGGAACAGCCGCAACAGGAGAGCGUCGAGCGUCCGACUUUCGCCAUCCACAAGACGAUCGCCGAGCACAUGGCCGAGCAGCAGCAGCAAAACGCUCCCAUGUCGUGGUCGCACCGCAGCACUUCGAUGCCCAGUCUGAGGGCCAUUGACGAGCUCGAAUCUUUGAACACGUCCAGCAUUAUUGACGAAAGCGACGCCGGCCAAAUGACGAAUGGGAAUCCAAGGGAUGAUGAGAAACCAUUUAGGCACGUCAACGGAGGUCUCCUGCCCAUCAUCACCGGUAACUGGGGAUGCGGCUCUUCCGGCGGUGGAGAUGCUCAACUCAAGUCCAUGCUCCAAUGGCUGGCGGCCUCACGUUCUGGCGCUCCUAGUCUCGUUUAUUACACGGCAGGAGCCAGUUCCGUCGUCAAGUUGGAUAUUGUCUGCCGAGUCAUCAUGGAUCGACAAUGGACGGUCGGUGAUUUGGCAGGAGCUCUGUUGCGCUACUGCCGAGCCCGUCUCGACCCCCGCCGAUUGGACUUGAUUAGUCGAUUGGAAACGCAUUAUCAGGCCGUCAUAGCCGGUUCUUCUUCCGGAGUCGAUGCCGCCCAGCGACACAUGAGUCUUUCAACUUCGGCUGAAUGUCCAGGAGCCAAUCCUGGAACGGACCGACUUCUUUUUGACGAGCUUCUUGGCCAAUAUCCCCUCAAACAAACCGAACUGUGACAUAUAUAUACAUCUUCUAAAAUUACAAUUUUUUUUUCUAAAAACAAAAAAAAUUGAUUACACACACAGUCUAGCGGCUCAAUUACAGUGAAAACGUAUGGAAGAUGCAAUCAAGUCAUCACUGGGCCACAAAGACUUUAAAUCUUUUAUAUGUCCACAAAAACCAACAAAACAAAUGAUAUAUGUCUGGAUUAAACUAUAUAAUUUUUUUGUCAUUUCAAACGCAAAUUAGGAGGGUGAAUUAAUUUCAUGUUUUAUUUUUGAUUUGUUUGAUGAAGGUCCGCCGUUUUUUUCUGUUUUAAAUUUUCAAAUCAGAUGACGAAGAAUUUGUCGCAUCUUGAAAGUAAUUGGUUCAACAAGUUCAGUGAGGCUGCUUCACAUACGUGAAUAUUAUACAUAGAUUGGUUAACGAAAUACAAUAAUUGACGAAAUGA